CACCAAGGUCACUCUAUCACUGAGUUUUGUGGCGUCCGGUUGACUUUCCGUAAAUCGCUGCGUCGCGUGCGUUCUCCUCAUCGUUUUGUUCCUCCACGUUUUUGGCGUCGUCGUACGUUUACGUGUCCCGCUCUCUCUCUCUCUCUCUAACUUGCGCGCGGGCUCUCGCGCGUGCCUAAGUGUAUGCCGUGCAUGUGUGUGUGUUGGUAAAGCAGCGCAGCGCAAUAGAAGCAGAAAAAAAACAUUAGUGAAUUUUUUUCGGGUGAAGCGCGGUGAAAAAUGCGUGCGCGCGUGUGUGUGUGCGUGUGUGCGAAAAUCAAUAUGAAAACAUGAAUAACAAAAGCUAAACGAAACGCACAGCAUAAAUAAGAAAGAAAAAAAGUUCAACAGUAAAAAUAAAAGAGAGAAAUAUAACAGAAAUAAAGAAAACAGUUAGCCAUUCCAGUGAGUGCAAGCAUCGGCACAAACACACACAUAGCAAACACACCACCACAUCGAUUUCCAACAGAGAUCCAGCAAAUCCAGGGUUCCAGUUGCCAGUUUCCAGGAUGUCGCUGCAAACGAAAAGGCAGCACUGCUAUUUGUGCGAUUUACCACGGAUGCCAUGGGCCAUGAUCAACGACUUCUCGGAGGCGGUAUGCCGCGGUUGCGUCAAUUACGAGGGCGCCGAUCGCAUAGAAGCGGUGCUGGACGCCGCCCGCCAAAUGAAGCGUUUACAUCCCGCCAGCAAACAGCAACGUUCCCAUGAAAACGGUGAAGUUUCCGCUGCAGCGGUAGUUCUCCAACAGCAACAACAACAACAGCAGCAACAACAACAGUUACAAGUGGGUCCAGUUCCUGGACCAGGACCAGGUUCUCAUCGCGGCGGUGGUGGUGGCGGUCCACCUGGUGGCCCUGGAAACGGCCCUGGUCCAUCGGGGGCGGGGUCUUUAUCACUUGGCAAUGCUGUGGCUGCCGCCGCCGCUGCAGCAGUUCAUCAUCAUCAUCAGAUGCCCUAUCAAAUGCCCGUGCCACGCAUCGGUCCGCCCCUUGAUUAUCCCGUUAAACUGGAAGAUGGCCCUGGCGGUGGGGUGCGACCCGUUCGGAUUUCCCAUAUGACGCCCCAUCACCUGCCGCCAAAUGCAACGCGCGGCGGUGGUGGUGGUGGUGUUGCACCUGGCGGAGGCGUGCCCACAGCCGGAAGUGGUGGCAGCAAUAUACCACCCGCUCUGUCCGUUAAUCUUAAACGACCGCCCAGCGAGGAUGUCGAUGUGGAUGUUAGCCAACAGCAACAACAAUCGGCACAUGGUUUAACACCAGAUGGCGUCCCAGCAUCCGCUUUAUCCGCCGGCGGAGUUGGAGCCGGUGGCGGUCCGCCCGGUAUUAAGCGCAGCGCCAUGGAUGAUCCAACGGGCGGUGGCGGUAGGCCACCAUUGACGCGAGGUGAAUCCCUGCCAGCAGCAGUCAGUUAUGUGCCCGAGCGGCAACUGAGCGGUCUAAGGGAUAAACAACAGCCUGUCAGAGCGCCCAGCUUCGAUGCAUCGACCUUUAAAGCAGAGCACAUGUCCCCGGCCAGUCGACGCAAUGGAUCGAGCCCGCCCUCGGGACCGCUGCCCCCGCGCAGCGUACACUCGCCGAACAGUUCGGGUUCCUCGUCGGGACGUCGUUCAUCCGGAUCCCGUCACGUGUCCAGCACCACCGUCACCAGCUCCGAAGUGGGCGGCUCGAAUCCAGGCCAGGCGGUGGUUGCCGGCGGUCUUGGAGGCAGUGGCGGAGGAGGACCCGGAUCUAAUUCAGCCAGUGGACCCCUUGGCGGACCGAAUGGUGGCAGUGGACAGCUGAGUUGCACCAGUGGUGGACCGGUCGGCGGUGCCAGCUCUGGAAGCGGUGGCAAUGGAGCCAUAGGUCCCGCCUCGAUGGCACCAAACUCGGUGGCCGGCGAUGGAAGUCCGGCUGGCGGUAAUGGUCCAUCUGGCAGUAAUGGCAGCGGCGGAGCAGUUAAUCCCGGUCCCGGCAGCAGUGGUAGUCAAGGCGGCGGUGGUGGUACACCAUUGUCCAGCGGCGGUGGAUCGGCGGGCAGCGGUCUCGGUGGAGCUCCGGGAAGCAGUGCCGCCUCGAAUUCAGCAGCGGCAGCAGCGGCGGCAGCUGCCCAGAAUGCCACGCUUAAGUGCACCCUGUGCCAGGAGCGAUUGGAGGAUACACAUUUCGUGCAAUGUCCAUCGGUGAAUCACCAUAAGUUCUGCUUUCCCUGCAGCCGCGAGAGCAUCAAACGACAGAAUGGCCUGGGCAACGAGGUGUACUGUCCCAGUGGCGAUCGCUGUCCGUUAGCCAAUUCGGUGAUACCUUGGGCCUUUAUGCAGGGCGAGAUCACCACCAUUCUGGGCGAGGAGGUCAAGGUGAAGAAGGAGCGCGAGUCUUAAUGUCCAUUUUACUGUAAGAAGCUGCGCAGGGCUUUGGAGCAUUUUUGAGAGGCGAAAACUUCCCGGAUUGUAUGAUAUAUAUGAUGUAUAUCUAACAUCCCAACUCUCGACGCUCACUGUAUUGAUUGGUGGGUCAACUGGUUUAUAAGAUUGUGGAACUUUUUUUUGGACACGGCCACGGCGGCAUCUCAUCAGCGCAGUAGCAUAUAAUAUAUCAUUAAUAUAUUAUGACGCUCUGCCUUUGUCCAUGACGACCGACCAAACAACAGCAACAACAGCAAACCAACAAUUUUGUAGGCGUAAGCAACAAACUAAAAACUAAAAAGCAAAGAUGAAAUCACUUAAAUGAAAAAUGCAAUUUGUUACCAGCAAGAAAAAUUGUUUAAGAAGAACAAAACAAAAAAAAAAACAAAAAAAGGAAAACACCAAAACGCUAGCAAAGCAAAAUGUUAAGCGAGAAAGCGUUCAACACACAUACAUUUUUGUAGCAUACUUAUUAGAGAAAAGCGUUGGGAAAAUUUUGUCCAAAAGAAGAAGAAAUAUAGAAAAGAAAAGAAGAAGAAGAACACCAACCAACUCGAAAUUUCUACAAAAAUGCAUACGUAGCCAAGUGAGAAAGAUUUUCAAAACGAAAAGUGAAGGAAAACUUGAAAUAUUUCUAAAAUAACAAACUAAAAAGGAAAAGGCAGUAAACUGAAAUCAACCUAAUUGUAGCAGAAAAGAGAUGAGAAAUCACAAUUAAUAAGGAAUAUACACUUGCUGGCAUUAGAUAUAAAAUCCUUUUUUUUAAUACGAUUAUACAUAAAAACCGAUAUAUAUAUAUAUAUAUAUUUCUAUAUAUAUAUAUUAUAUUAUAUUAUACGAUAACUAUAAAUUCUGUUAUGUAGGCGAGCGAUUUAAUUAAUAAGUUAAACUUAGUUUGUACUAAUUAAUUAAUUUAUUUCUAUACAUGUUGCCUAAUUUACAAAUUUACAAAUUUACAAUUUACAUUUUACCCUAAACUUCCCUCACACUUUUACGUUUUUUUUUUUUUUUAUUAAUUAAAUUGUAUUUUUAUAUUUAUAAAUAUCACUUUUUUUUGUAGGUUUAACUAAUUUAAAAAGAAAAAAAAAACACAAACACAACAAUGAAAACAAAAUAAGCGAAUGGAAAGGAAGGAGAGGAAAACAGUUAUUAUGCUAAAGAAAUGUACAUACGUAUGCAUACCACAUAAUCGGAAUAUAAAUAUAUACAUAUAUUUAAUAAUAUAGAAAUAUAUUUGAUGUUGAACACAAAAUUGGCGGCAAAAAACAAAAAAAAACAUAAAGCAAAAACAACAAACAACUGGCAACACACCAUCACAAUGGAUAGUUGCAUUGGAAUUUUAAACAGACUUUUAAACCACAGCGAAUAGCAUUCGCAAACUGACAAAAUUUUAGCCAUAUUUUUUGUGUUUUUGAAUGAGAGAGAGAGUCAAGGAGGCGAUAUAGCAGCGCUCCCCUUUUGAGUAUCAGAUUGGCAAAUCUCUUUUAGCUAUACAUUUAGGGUGUAUUAUAUAGCGCUGGGCAAGAUAUUAUCUGCAAGGGGACAGAAAGAGGGGAAAAAACACACAAACAAAAAACUGGACCAACCAAUCGAAAAAAAACUUACAACAGCACAAAAAAUCUCGAUAUUGGUUUUGAAAAAUUUGCCAGAGAUACAUCUCCUUUUUGUAAAAGCGUCCAAAACGAAAGCGACUUGGGACUGCGCCUCAAUGCCAAUUGUCCUUUUUGCAGUUCCAACUCGAAACUAAUUUAUAAAUAUUGUCUACGAAAUGGGGUUUUUUUUUUGUUUACCAGGCAGGCACGAAAAGGAAAUCCGAACGGAAAGCGAAAAUUAAGAUGAAAGUGGAGAAAUGUCAAGUAAAUCACAGUCGUUAAAUACAGUUUAUAUAUAUAUGCAUAAAACAUAUAUAGAACUGGAAGUCGGGCGUGUAUUAUCAUGUUCAAUCGCCAUAGUUCUUAAAUGAUAAUCGUAGAUUUCAUUUUAAAUAUCAUUUGAAAACAUAUUUCUUCCUAUUUUGUAGAGAAAUUUAUUUGGUUUAAUUUUGGAGAAUUUCGUUUGCGAAUUUAUAAGUACAGUUUGUACAGGAUUACGAUAGAAACAUUAAACAAUCGGCCAUUAUCGAUAGCACAAAAUCAUGCAUGAUAUCGAUACAAAUGAAAAAAGUAAGUGAAAAUGAAAUAAAGUAUAUAUAAACAUGUAGUUCUCCAUGAUUUCUCAUGAUUUCUUAAACCCCCCCUUAUCAUUCCCUUUUUCUUCUAUUUUUUAAUCCUAAACUUUUUUUGGUUUCUCUUCAAGCGGAAGAGCAGUUGCAACAAA